UCCCACCCAAGGGGGCUCAGUCCAAGCACCUCUGGGUCGGAGGGCUCAGCGCCCGCGAGGGACAGCAUGCAGGACCCAAAUGAAGAUACAGAGUGGAAUGACAUUUUAAGAGAUUUUGGCAUUCUUCCUCCAAAAGAAGAGCCCAAAGAUGAAAUUGAAGAAAUGGUUUUGCGUUUACAGAAAGAAGCGAUGGUUAAACCAUAUGAAAAGAUGACUCUUGGACAAUUAAAGGAAGCUGAAGAUGAAUUUGAUGAAGAGGAUAUGCGAGCUAUUGAAAUAUAUAGAGAAAAGAGGUUACAGGAAUGGCAAGCUCUCAAGAAAAAGCAAAAAUUUGGGGAAUUAAAAGAAAUUUCUGGAAAUCAGUAUGUGAAUGAAGUUACAAAUGCAGAAAAAGAUGUGUGGGUUAUAAUUCAUCUAUAUAGAUCAAGCAUCCCAAUGUGUUUGUUGGUUAACCAGCAUCUUAGUCUCCUAGCAAGAAAGUUUCCGGAAACUAAAUUUGUUAAAGCCAUCGUGAAUAGCUGCAUUCAACACUACCAUGACAAUUGUUUACCGACAAUUUUUGCUUAUAAAAAUGGUCAGAUAGAAGGCAAAUUUAUUGGAAUUAUUGAAUGUGGAGGGAUAAAUCUCAAACAAGAAGAACUUGAAUGGAAGCUGGCAGAAGUUGGAGCAAUACAGACUGAUUUGGAAGAAAACCCAAAGAAAGGCAUUAUAGAUACGAUGGUGUCUUCAAUUAGAAAUACUUCUAUUCAUGAUGACAGCAACAGUUCCAACAGUGAUAAUGAUAACAAAUAGAAAUAUUGAAUAAAUCACUUUUGACUGUGAAAUGUAUAUUUUAUUCACUAUUGCCUUUACACU